AACUUUCUACUUACCUGAGGAAAAAAUAAAAUCUCAGGUUUUUCUUUGUGUUGUCUACGAAUUCGAGCCAUAAAGACCGAACCUUUUUCAUCUACGUUAAGAUGGGUGCUUCAGGAAAAUGGGUUAAGUCAAUUAUUGGUCUCAAGAAGCCAGAGAAAGAUGAAACUGAAAAGGGUAAUGGGAAGAACAAAAAAUGGAAGCUAUGGAGAAAUUCUUCAGGGGAGUUAAGCUCGUCUUGGAAGGGUUUCAAGGGAAGACAUCGGUCUGAGUCAGAAGGUUUGGUUUCUUCCAAUGCUUACUCUGCAGCUGUUGCAACUGUGCUUAGAGCUCCUCCUAAAGAUUUCAAAGCUGUAAGAGAAGUAUGGGCUGCUAUCAGAAUCCAAACCGCUUUUCGAGGCUUCUUAGCGAGAAGAGCAUUGAGGGCGUUGAAAGGGAUAGUGAGGCUACAAGCUUUAGUGAGAGGGAGGCAAGUGAGGAAACAAGCAGCUGUAACACUAAGGUGCAUGCAAGCUCUGGUUCGAGUGCAGGCUCGUGUUAGAGCUCGCCGUGUGAGGAUGACUGUUGAAGGACAAGCUGUGCAAAAGCUUUUAGAUGAACACAGAAGCAAAUCUGAUCUCUUGAAAGAAGUCGAGGAAGGUUGGUGUGAUAGGAAAGGUACGGUGGAUGAUAUUAAGACAAAGCUGCAACAGAGACAAGAAGGUGCUUUCAAGAGGGAACGUGCACUGGCUUAUGCUCUAGCUCAAAAGCAAUGGAGGUCAAUUCCUAGCUCAAAUCUCAAGACAAACAAUUCAAUCUCAUAUCUCAAAAGCCAAGAGUUUGAUAAGAAUAGUUGGGGAUGGAGUUGGUUGGAGCGUUGGAUGGCUGCUCGGCCAUGGGAGACUAGACUUAUGGACACUGCAGAUGCUACCACGCCUCCUCCUCCGAAGCAUUUGAAAUCACCCGAAACCGUGGAUGUUGUUAAAGUCAGAAGAAACUAUGUGACAACUCGGGUUUCCGCAAAGCCUCCUCCUCAUAUGUUAUCUUCAAGUCCUGGAUAUGAAUUUAAUGAGAGCCCUGGUUCAUCAUCUAUCUGCACUUCAACCACACCGGCUUCUGGAACCACUGGCCUUGUUUCAGACAAUUCUAGCAGUCAAGCAAACAAGAACAAGCCAAGUUACAUGAGCAUGACUGAAUCAACAAAGGCUAAGCGAAGAACUAACCGUGUUCUCAGACAGUCCAUGGAUGAGUUUCAGUUUAUGAAGAACUCUGGAUUGUUUACCGGGGACUUGAAGAGCAGUCCUGGCUCGGAUCCUUCCUACGUUACUUUCUCCAAACCACUCGGUGUUCCAACUAGAUUCGAGAAACAGAGAGGGUAAAGUGACCUUGUGAGAUUCAUGUCAAUUGCCUGAGGAAAGUUUCAACAGCUUGUUGUUG